AUGUCGAUUAAAACCCCACCGGACAACAGCCUUAUCUCUCCAACAGGUUAUGUUGGUUUUGACACCAUAACCAGCCAAAUUGAGCACCGCCUCUUGAAAAAGGGCUUCCAGUUUAACAUAAUGGUUGUGGGCCACUCGGGGCUGGGAAAGAGCACUUUGAUUAACACCCUCUUUGCUUCUCAUCUGAUUGACUCUGCCACUGGACGUGACAUUUCUAAGGAUCCAAUUUCUAAGACAACGGAGAUCAAAGUUUCAUCUCAUUCUCUUGUUGAAGACAGGGUGCGCUUGAACAUCAAUGUAAUCGACACUCCCGGUUUUGGAGAUCAGGUCAACAACGACAAAGUUUGGGAGCCAAUGGUAAAAUACAUUAAGGAACAGCAUUCUCAGUACUUGCGCAGGGAAUUAACGGCGCAGCGUGAAAGAUUCAUCCCCGAUACAAGAGUGCACGCUGUUCUUUAUUUCAUCCAACCCAAUGGUAAAGGUUUAACACAAUUAGAUAUAGCAUCUCUGAAAAGGUUGACUGAAAUCGCUAACGUAGUCCCCGUUAUUGCAAAAGCCGACACCCUUACAAUGGAUGAAAGGGCGGAAUUCCGGGAAAUUAUUCAGAGACAGUUUGAAAAGUUUGAUUUCAAGAUUUACCCCUAUCAGUCUGAAGACCUCACUGAAGAGGAGCUGGAGCUAAAUGAGAGCAUACGGUCAAUCAUUCCCUUUGCAGUAGUCGGCUCAGAAAAGGAAAUCUCUGUCAAUGGUGAGUUAGUUCGGGGCAGAAAAACGCGUUGGGGUUCCAUAGUCGUUGAGGACAUUAACCAAUGCGAGUUUGUCUUUUUGAGAGAGUUUCUCAUUAGAACGCACCUUCAGGACCUAAUCGAAACCACUUCAUUGGUCCACUACGAGGGUUUCAGAUCUAGACAACUUAUUGCGCUAAAAGAAAAUGCCAGCAGCCGCGCAUCUGCAACCCACAUGGCCCAAACGUCUAACACCAUGUUACAACGUUGA